AGGCGUGGGAGGCGUGUUCGCCUUCCACUUCACGGAAGAGAGCAGAUCCCGAACCUCCGAGUCCGAGCAAACACAAGGAAGAACCGAACCGAGGUUGGUGAUCAGCGGACCUAAAGCCGAACCGGAGGACGGGCUGGGUGCGCGCAGCGGGGCGGCGCGCUGUCUGAGCGGCAUGACGCGCUCCUGAAAGGCGCAACAACCAGCAGCAGCAGCCGCGGAGUUCAGGGAGCUGACAGGAGACAUGGCCCACGUCGGCAACGGGGCGGCCGCCGAGGAGGAGGACUGUUUUGAGGAUGCUUUCGAUCGGAUACCUUCGACCUGUCAGAUGGACCUGCAGACUGCCAUCCAAGAGACUCAGUGUGCCCUAAACUUGGUCCUUAACAACAAAUUCUCUCAGGCACUUGACCUGCUUAAGCCAUGGUGGAAGCACAGUAUGUACCACGCCCUCGGUUACAGCAGCAUCCUGGUGAUGCAGGCCACCAUGACUUUUGAGCAAAAGGACAUCCAGACUGCCAUGGAAACCAUCAAGCAGGCGUUGCAGACAUGUCACAGAUUCAGGAAGAGAAACUCGAUGGUCGGUUCUCUAUCCAGUCUGAUCAGCAAACAGUCCAACUUGCAGGAAGAGGAAAUGCAUGCAGAGCUCUGCUAUGCCGAGUGCCUUCUGCAGAAAGCAACUCUAACUUUCAUACAGGAUGAGAACAUGAUCAGUUUUAUAAAAGGAGGAAUCAAGAUUCGAACAAGCUACCAAAUCUACAAGGAUUGUCAGAAUGUGCUGAACAUCUCCCAGGACAAGCCAGUGCAGUCUGAGUCUUUCAAACAGUUUGAGGGUGGAGUCAAGCUGGGGAUCGGCUCAUUUAACCUGAUGUUGUCUCUCCUACCUCAGAGGAUUUUAAGGCUGUUGGAGUUUAUUGGGUUCUCAGGAAACAGGAGUUUUGGUUUAGCUCAGCUAAGGGAGGGAGCAUCCAGCCAAAGUUUGCGUUCCAUCCUCUGCGUGCUAACCUUGCUCUUCUAUAACACAUAUGUCUCACUGAUACUGGGAACGGGGGAGGGGAACCUGGUGGAGGCGGAAGCUUUGCUGGAACCAUACCAGGAAAAGUACCCUAAAGGCUCCAUAAUUCUUUUCUACUCUGCUCGGAUCGCCACGCUACGAGGAAACUUUGAGAAGGCAAGGGCCCGGUUUGAGGAGUGCAUCAGCAGCCAGCAGGAGUGGAAGCAAAUCCACCACCUGUGUUACUGGGAACUGAUGUGGACUCACUCGUUCCAGCAGGAAUGGCAGCAGGCGUACCGCUAUGCCGACCUGCUCUGCAAAGAGAGCCGCUGGUCCAAGGCCAUCUACAUGUACCAGAAAGCAGCCAUCCUCAGCAUGAUGACGGAGGAUGAUGUGAGGAAGACGGGGGAGGAUAUCGUAGAGCUCUUCAGGCAGGUGGAGGGACUGAAACAGCGCCUGGCAGGAAAGUCGAUCCCCAUGGAGAAGUUUGCAGUAAGGAAGUCCAGACGCUACAAAGCUGCUAAGCCUGUCCCACUGGUCAUCCCUGCACUGGAGAUGAUGUACGUUUGGAACGGGUUCACCAUCGUUGGGAAAAGAGCCGACUUUACAGAGUCUCUGCUGGUUACUAUUGAGAAAGCUGAACAGCAGCUGCGCAAUGACCCAAAUCCGUCAGAGUUCCAUCCAGACGACAGCGGUCUGGUCCAGAUGUUGAAGGGGCUCUGCCUGAAACAUCUGGGCAGGUUUCUUCAAGCGGAGCUCUGCUUCACGCAGGUCCUUUCCAGUGAGAGUCGUAUCCGAUACGAUCACUACUUGAUCCCUUUCACCCUCUAUGAGCUGGGCCUGCUGUAUAAACAACAGGGGGAUUUCUUAAAGGCCACCACGUACAUUGAGAAAGCCAAGACGAACUACAAGGACUACUCCAUGGAGUCCAGACUGCACUUCAGGAUCCACGCAGCCCUCAGCAGCCUCAAAGGCUCUCCUGUUGGCACCCCAUGAUGCUGCGAAACAAGUCAAGCUGCUGCUGUUUGCUCAGCCGCAGUUAAAGUUUACCGGGGAAGCAUCUGCUUUACUUUAUAUUCUUUCUCCUUUUAACUGCUUGAACAUUUACACUGACACAGAUGCUUUAAGCUUGUUCAAGAUGGCGGCCAGUCUAAGGUGGAAUAUUAUUAGAAGGGUCAUUAAAACCUCUGAUUGGAUUUUGUUUGAAAAACAAAUGUCUUUUCUGCAACAAAACAUUGUCUUCUUUUUCACCAAACAGCCCAAAGAUAUCAAAAAUCAAAUCUUUAGGAGAAGCAAAAAGGAGAUUCAGUAAGUAGAAGGAAAAAAAAACCCAAAAGAGAUUUUCUGGCAUUAAAAAAACUUGGAAAAUCUUUUGUGAAACUGAAAACAAACAUGAACAAACCAUGACUCUACAGUCAAAAAAAGUAAUAAAAUAAGUAUAUUUUAGGAAAAAGUAAAACAUGAAUAUGUAUAUAUAUUUCAGGUAUGAAAAAUAGGUAAAAAUACAAAGUUUUGGUUGUCUGUUCUUUUUAGCUUUAUACCUCUUUAAUUUUUAUAAAUGCUUCAUGCCACAUGUGCAGGAAGGACACAGGUGUGUCUGUGCACAGUCACCGCCUUCUCACCAGUCGUGGCCUAAAUAAUCACACUCAUUCCAAGCUCACACGUAAAGGCUGUUAUGCACAUUUGAAGGAGAUUACACACACAAACGGCAGCAAUUGCACAUUUAGAGCAGCAAUAUGAAAUAUUGUUUGUUGUUCAUAGUUUAGCUCUUCUGAUUUGUUUUUGUAAAAUUUGCAUUAAGAAGUCACCGGGUUUAAUUUAUUCA